AUGCCAGGUACUGUAAGUGUGAGAUGCCUUAUAACCCUGAUGAUCUUAUGGUUCAGUGCGAAGGCUGAAGUGACUGGUGCGUUGAUAUACUACAGAAUAUUUUCCGACUUCCUUGUUUAUCAUGGAUUCAUUUUCUGCAUGCUUCCACUUGCCGAUUUUUUUNCUUAUGGCGAUUUAGUCAUCAGAGCUCAUUUAUUUAUAGUAGAUGUAGAUCACCCCAACCAUGAUACCUCAUCCACGCCUACAAACACUGCACAACCUGACACUACACUCGCUUUGCCUACAACUUCCAGCCGAAAUGAUAAUCCUACCCUGCAUACUUCUUUGCCUAAUGAGCCACAAAUUCGAGUUUACCACCGCCAACCACGAGCUAUGAAUUCAGGUUUACCAUCAAACGCCCCGCUGCCAUCUUUCGACGAACUUGUGAUAUUGAAAUUGAACGUUUCCAAAUUUUGCCUUAGGUUUCAUCCGACUUGUAUUGAUAUGACACCAGAGGAAGCCAAAAUCGUCGAUCACUUCUACUGCCAUAGUUGUUCCUCGGAAGAUCAGAAGAGAUUAGAAAAUUCUAAUGCUUCUACUACAACUCCUGAUGCAGAGGUGGAAAUAAAGCGUCGCCGAAGGUGA